CCUCCGUUAGCAUACGGCUGCAGGAAAUGAUAGCUAACAGUUAGCUGGUGUUUAAGCAAUUAGGAAAGAUGGCUGGGGACUGGCAAGGUGUCGCGCUAGAAAAAGCCGAAAUGCUCUCCGGUCGUCUGAAGGAACUCCUGACAUCGGGACAGGAUUAUGUUCAGGCUCAGUUUGGGGUUGAUUUGGGUUUGAAGCCCGAGCUUUACCCGACGUGGCUUAUCCUGUCCUCGGCCGCGGCGGGUCUACUGCUGCUGCUAGCUCUGUCCUGGGCCGCCGUCUGUGGCGGCGUUAACGUGGGGAAAAAGCGAGGAUGCCCGAUGACCCAGGGCAGCGGUGAGCCCGUCAAGGCCAGUUUAGCGAAAACUGCGAAACCAGAAGAACAGAAGAAGAGAAACAGAAAGAAAACGGCUGAAAAGGCUCCACAUGCAGCGGUGACGAGCUGUCGAAUUACGAAGAGUCAGUCUAAUGGACAGCCAUUGACUAUAGUUCAAGAGGAAGCCAAAGUGACUGGGAUGGUUCCCAAGGUGUCUCCACACAUCAAAACUGAGAAGGUGCAAUUGACAAAAUUAAAGGUCCAUGAGGUACAGGCUCCUGUGCAGGUGAAAAAGAACAAGAAAAAAACCAAGGCAGAUGUGAAACCAGUCAAGCUAGUGUCCACAAGUGACGCAAAGGAACCUGAUGAUGGUGCAUGGGAGACUAAAGUUAGUAACCGAGAGAAGAAGCAGCAGCGCAGGAAGGACAAGGGCCCUGAGGACUCUGGUAGCUCAGGAGGUGUGGAGGCCCCCAAAGACCACGUGAUGGCAGCUGCAGCAGCCACAGCACCUGUCAACACCAAGAAGAACAGAGGAAGCCAGGAGUCACUACCAUCAAAAACUACAGGAAAGGUGGAUGGAGCCAGUGGGGCUGCUAAAGCAUCAUCCAAAUGGAGAGAGGAGCAUUCAGUAAAUGGUGUAGGAUGGACCGACAUUUCUGUUAAACAUCCGGGUCAGAUGGCAUCUAUGGACAGAGCCAAGUGGAGGAACAUGGCCACAGCUCCACAGUUCAGGGGCCCAGCUGAGACUCAGUGCUGGUCUCAGGAGACACAAGCAUGGAGUGAAAUCGAUGGUCGGGUAAACACUGAGCGUGUGUCCUUCUCCAUGCAGAGACUUAACACCUCAGACCCAAUAUCAUCUUCAAUUGAGCUGCAGUGGGCAGGCAACCUAGAUGUUGAUGAUGAAUGGUCUCCCUUUAAUGGAUCAGCAGCAGCGGACCCAACCUCUGACUGGAAUGCCCCAGCAGAGCACUGGGGAAACUAUGAAGAGCCUUUUCUGUUGGUGAAACCUGCCCCUCUCCCGAAGGAGCAGCCUGUCCACAACAAGCAGGUAUCAGAGAAUGAGAAGGAUGCAGAGGAUCCCUCCGGAGGUGCAGCCAAAUCCAAGAAGAAGAGGAGAAAGAAGAAGAAAACAGAAGAGGAAGCUGCAUCUGAGGCUCAGGUGGUGAGCACAGCACCAGUAUUCACAGUGGCCAAACCUCAAGAGCCUCCUGUGAAGGCUUCCAAAAAGCAGAAUCCCAGCACAUCCUCCUCUCAACAGGUGUCUGGGAAGAGUGUGGAGCCUCCAAAACCUUCCCAGAAGAAAAAGAUCAGGAAAGAAACAUGAAGUCACACCACAGGUCCAAACUAAGCAUAUGCAAACAAUUGUUAAAUAUGUCACAUGCAAUAAUUACUUGGUACAGAGUUUCUUUCUCAGCUACAUUAACAAUUUAUCAGUUACAAAAAACAAUCAAGCAGUGGAUAACAUCACCUGCUUGGCUCAAUAUAGUGAUGAAAAUUGGUCCUGUGGACUUGAGUAAUUUGCACUACUUGCUACACUGCAGUCAGAGUGGAGUGUGGACGAAAGGUGGACUUGCAGUGGAGGUAUAUGUUUAUGAUUUUUUUUUAUAAUUCAUAAUUAUUAACCCCCAAAAACAUUAAUGAGUGUCUUAAUUAAUAUUGUUUGUAGGAAGAAUUAGAACCAUACAUUCUUAAUGUGCGUUCACACCAAAUGCGAAGCAAAUUUUUGGUGUUUGGUUGCAGGAUUAUUUUCCACCACUUUCAUCCCAAUCUCAGCACUGAUUGGCUUUCACAAUUUCAGCUUGAUGAAGUGAAACACCAGUGGUGUGAUUAGCAUCACUCAGAUUACGUGACUAUUGCGCUUGGUAUUUUCAUGUAAAGUCAAUGCACAGAAUUCAGCUUUGCAAUUAGUUUGAAUGCACCAAUACUGUAAUGUAAUGUUGCACUUUGUUAAGUUUGUCAUGCUGCUGCCCGUCUAUCAAUUACUGAAAUGUGUGAACACAAGGCGUAUGUCAGUGCUUGUCUCAAAUCAGUCUUAAAUGUUUGGUUUGGAAUUUUCUAAGGGUUAAUUUUUAUACAACACUCACAUGCUGUAUAUAAAUUGAUAGUUAGGGGGUCACUAUAAUCAUCCCUUCUCUUCAUUCUGGCCAUGAACAGUACAUGAACGAUAAGGCUUCAGAUAAGUUACCCUUAGCAAAGCUAAGGGACUUUCCUGCGGAGCUGUGGCACAGCAAUAGUUCCUUGUUGUUGCCAAGACAAAAUACAGGUAAUAAAUAGUGAUCGGGCUAUUUUUGGACUGCUGAAGCUGACGUGUUGGAUUGCUGCACGGCCAGUAUGAAGAGGAGUCAUUUUCACAGUGAUCCCUAACAUAUUUACUAUUUACAGAUUUAAUAAGACUUGAAAAACAAAUCCAAGCUUCAGCUUGUGAUAAACUUUAGUGUAAAUCCAUCCGUUGAGUGUAGCUCAGUGACUGUGGGCUGCAUAGUUUUUCAAAGCCUCUUUAUGAAGAAUGGCAACUGUGGACAUGUUAAAUUCAGUCGUUUACACUGGUGGGAGGUUGUACAGUGUAAUUUGUCCAUGGUUUUGCCAAAAUAUGGUUAAAUGCACCUCUUAUUGGAGAGGGAUAUCAAUACAUUGACUUUCUAUGUAGCCAUAUUCUGUUUUUUAAGAAAACUCAUUCAGACCGAUGUCGAUGUCAGUCGAUGCUGAAAAUUGGAUGUUAACUGAUAAUGGAUUGACAUUUCAAGUAAAAGGCACUGUAUCUGAUAUCAACCACCAGGAGGCAGUGUACUGUAAAUUGAAGGACUAAUAGGAUUAUCCCAUAAAGCAGUGGCACUAUUGACUAUUGUCCCUUUUACUUUUAUCAUUCUGAGCUUGUCUGUCUUCAUCUGAUUACAUUGUGUGUUUUUUAAAGGACAUUUCCCUCCUGGUUUUGUGCUUGAAAAAGCCAUGCCAUAUGUACAGAUAGUAAGGGCUUUUUCUAGUUCUGUGUCUGCACUGUGCAAAAGGCUGCAUUGAGUUCCUUUUGAUGUCAAUGAAUUGUGUUUUUUACUACCUUUUUGUCGAAUGUGAAAUUGGCAACUUCUUGUGGCUUGAUCUACGAAAAGGGGGGACAUUUCUCAAUGUAAUGUAAUUGACAACAAAAACUUACAGUAGAUGCGUGAUAUGGAACAGCUUUAAUUCCACAUCAAACUUGGAUUUGAACAAAACUCACUUACACAUUUGUAAAAGGAAUUUAAUUCCAUUGCCUUAAUAUGUUGAUGUAUAGCAUUGGCAUCCUUUUUUUUAUAUAGUUUUAAUCUAAUUGCAAAUUUGAUGUCAGAAAUAAAUUCCUCUUGCAUGACUUUGAUAAUAGUACUUGUGUACAUGAAAUUAAAUGAACGAUCUCUUGCUUUAACUGUUAGUACUUUGUCCUGGAGUAGCCUACCAAUCAGUGUAAACAGUAUAUUGUAAUAGCUUUUUUUUAAAGGAGACAAAUUGCAGGAAUUCAAUUUAGCAGAUGUUAACAGGAGUCUGUUGUUGGUAGGUGAAAAAGCCUCAGCUUGUGCUGGUUAUAACUGUAGACCUGAUAGAACAAGUCCAUAUGUUGCUGUGGCUUCAGGCAUCUUUUUUGGUUAAUUUUUUACUGAUGAUUAAGGUGAUCAAAUUAAUGUAUUUAUAUACUUGUGUCUAGAAAAUGUUUUUGCUUUUUUUGUGAAUGAUUCUGUUUAUUGAAGAGAUACAGAUAUUUCUAUGUUUGUUUGGUAAAGAUGAAAAUAAAUCAGAAAUGCUUGAUUUCA